CAAUAAUAGAGCAAUGUAAUGGGAGACCCUACAAUAACAAGGCAGUGUGUGCAAUGGAAUGAAAGACCCUACAACAACUGAGCAAUACCUGCAGUGUAAUGAGAGACCCUACAAUAACAGAGCAGGGCAAGAAGAGACCCUACAAUAACAAGCAAGGACAGUGCCAUCCGGGACACUACACUAAAGCAGCAGCGUGUACAGUAUAAGAGCCCCUACAAUAACAGAGCCGUGUAAUGGGAGACCCUACAAUAACAGCGGCGGAGCGGCCCCCGGCCGGGUGACAGCGGGGCCGGGGGCGGGCCCGGCCGGGAGGUGGAUCCCUGCGCAGCAGGUUGGGCGGCUUCCCUGGCUCCGGGCGCCGUGAAGAGGGGAGGGAGCGAGCGCCGCGUCCCAGUGUCCCAGCCAGUGCGGAGACAUCGCACCUGCCCGCCGCCCUCCGCACCGCCCAGCGCCGCCCGCGGGACCCCGCGCCGCCCGCCCGCUCGCCCGCCUGCCCAGGAGAUGGGGGCGCCCCUGGGGGCGCUGCUUUGCCUCCUCCUCAGCCUGGGUGUACAGGAGACCUACGGACAAUCAGGAACAUGUGGAAGUCCUAUCAUGGGACGGAUUGUGGGGGGCACAAAUGCACAGGAUGGGCAGUGGCCUUGGCAGGUCAGCCUGAAUUUUCAGAAUAAUCAUGUGUGUGGCGGCUCCCUCAUUUCCCCCCAGUGGGUGAUCACCGCAGCGCACUGCUUCCCACCGGAAAACCCCAUCGCUGACUAUGAGGUGAUCCUGGGAGCCUUCCAGCUGUCCAGCCUCAUAGGUGACUUCAAGGUGGUUGGGGUGGAGCAGGCCAUCAAGAACCCUGGUUACACGGAUGAGGGCUCUGGCGGGGACCUUGCGCUGGUGAAAUUGAAAGCGCCUGUCACUUAUACACGUACCAUUCGCCCCAUCUGUCUGCCGUCUGCUUCCGUCAGCUUCCCCAGCGGCAUGAACUGCACCGUGACUGGCUGGGGGAAUGUGCUUACCUCUGUCAGCCUGCCCAGUCCCAAGACCCUGCAGCAGCUGGAGGUGCCAGUGAUUGGGCUGGAGACCUGCCGCUGCCUCUACAAGAUCAACCCCAGCCCCACGGAUUCCCACGUGAUCCAGGACGACAUGAUGUGUGCGGGCUACGCCGAGGGCAAGAAGGAUGCCUGCCAGGGUGACUCCGGGGGACCCCUCUCCUGCCGUGUGGGCAAUGCCUGGCUGUUAGCUGGGGUGGUGAGCUGGGGGGACGCGUGUGGGUCCCCCAACCGGCCUGGCGUCUACACCCGCACCUCGGCCCACACAGCCUGGAUUAAACAGAUCAUCCCGGCGGUGGAGAUGAGCGACGUGCGUGUGAAUCAGGAGCCAGUCUCGGAGGAGGGGCUGUGUCCCAACACCACCAGUCGGCCUGGUCCCUAUGACGGCGUCCAGCCCCAUCCUGGCUGGCCCCGGCCAAUCUCCCCCAACCAGCCGUUAGACCACGCUACCUCCCACGUCCUCGCCGCCAGCCUGCUGUUCUUCUGCCUGCUACUUCACGUACUCCCUGCCCUAUAGCGCCCCUACUCUCAAGGUCAGCUCAGCAUGGGACUCCACCCCCCCAUGGCAGUCCAGGGGCAUCCUGCCCCCCUCCCAAACUCAGCAGGAUGGUCCCAAGAUUUCAAACACUUGGGCUUCCCGCCCCAUCCCCUUAUUGUUCUCGUUUGUUUCCUGUGUUGUGCUUCUCUGUCACGAUCGGGGAAUUGACGUGACUUCAGGGCACCGAGCUGGCAGCAGCCCCGUUCAUGGCAACGUCAUUUCUGCCUCCGGUCCUGCAGACCCCUGAGUUCUGGCCAACAGGGUCCUGCAAACUUCUCCCAAGCCUCACUCUGAGAUCGAGGCUCACGCCAACGCCUGAGCCUCGCUCUGGGACUCACGCCAACGCCUGAGCCUCGCUCUGGCACCUGGGCUCAACUCCAGCCCCUCCAGCCUCGCUCUGGGGCUCACGCCAACCCCUCCAGCCUCGCUCUGUGAGAAUCAGGGCCCUGUAGGCAGCUCCCCAACUCCUGUUCCCAGGCCUGGUUCUGUCACCAUGACACCUCCAAGGGCAGCCUAACAAGCUCCCCAUCUUCCUCUUCUCACCCUGAUUCUUCCAGGGAGACUCCGGGGGACCCCUUUCCUGCAAAGUGGGUAGUGUCUGGCUGCUGGCCGGAGUGGUGAGCUGGGGGGAUGAAUGUGGGGCCGCCAACCGGCCCGGCAUCUAUACCCGCGCCUCGGCCCAUGCUGUCUGGAUCCAGGA